GCUCCUUCCUCAAUUGGGUGAUAGAUUCCUCCAAUUUAGCUGCCAUUAACUCUGCUGCUUGAACGUCGACUUCAUCGGACAAUUCGGUUUGCCCUUUCUGCUACUUGACUAGUUCCUAAAGCUUUUGUUUUUGAACUUAUUUUCCUAUUUUUCACCAUCAUGGAGAAACCCGAUGUUACAUAGCCUAUCUCUACUUUUCUUAAUGGUUCAAAUUACAUGCUUUGGGUUCAAGGCAUGCGUAGUUUUUUAAAGGGAAGGAAAUUAUGGCAAUAUGUUACUGGUGAUAUCAAGCUUUUUGAGAAAAGUGUUGAGGAACCUGAUGACAAGUUUGUUGAUCGCCUUGAGGAAUGGGAUAGCAAAAAUCACCAAAUUAUUACUUGGUUCCGUAAUACCUCCACUUCAUCUAUUAAUCUCCAAUUUGCGAGAUAUGACACUGCUAAGGAGGUAUGGGAUCUGCUUGCAAAAAAGUACACUACUUCUGAUUUGUCAAGUCAAUAUCAAUUAUGGGAAGAAUUGCAUAGUUUGAAACAAGAACGCGAUGAGUCUAUCACUAGCUUUUAUGCUAAAUGGAAGCUAUUUGGGAUCAACUCGCACUUUCUGAACCAACACUUGAUUGCAUUGUUGACAAUGAGAAAUAGAGCAAUGCUAGGGUUUCUUAUGGCACUUAUUGAUGAUUAUGAGCCUUGCAAAGCCUCUUUAUUGCAUCAAUCUCCAUUGCCUACUCUAGACAAUGCAAUAUCUCGAUUGCUAUCUGAUGAGACUCUUUUGAAGCUACUUAGACCUCAACAAGUUGAUAUUGUUCUAGCAACUAUGAACAGGAAUUCCUUGAAGGGUGGACAGAAGUUUUGUCGCCAUUGUAAUAAGCCUGGACAUGUUCUAUAUGAGUGCAAUCUUGUUGAAUUCCAUAAAUGUGCUGGAUCCGCAGACAGGAUAGAUUCUUGGGACAGGAUUUCUGGUGAGUUUACAAAUGAACAACCUACUACAAUGCCUUCUCCAAAUGAAUUUCCUUCUGUUGAUACUGCACCAGAAACUAUUGAGGCUGAGAAUAUAUAUGUUGCCUCUUCUUCAAACCAUCUUACUCAGGUUUUAGAAAAGACAAGUACAUGGGACUUGGUUGAUCUGCCUACUGAUAAGACUUUGGUUGGAUGCAAGUGGGUGUACAAAAUCAAAACACGUUCUAAUGGAUUUGUGGAGCGCUAUAAAGCACAUUUGGUUGCUAAGGGCUUUACACAUGAAUGUGGAAUUGACUAUGUGGAGACAUUUGCUCCAAUUGUUGCUUGCCUCACUACAAUUCGCAGUUUGCUUGCCAUUACUGAGGAAGUUUAUAUGAAACCACUCUUGGCCUUGAUCAUCCUCCACAUAAACAUUGGAGAUGAUAUUUCAAGUAUCCAUGAGCUUAACCAGUUUCUUAACCAAAAAUUUGAGAUGAAAGAUCUUGGUCCUUUAAGUUAUAUUUUAGGACUUGAGGUCACCUCUUCAGAUGAUGGCUGCCUUCUUUCUCAGGCAAAGUACGCAUUUGAUCUUAUCUCUAAAGCUGGAUUGAUUGAUAGUAAGAUUGCUUCGACACCUUUUGAACCAAAUGCUUGGCUUACACCCAUGGAUGGUUCUCCACUUAGAGAUCCUACUGUGUAUCGACAAUUAGUUGGGAGCUUGGUUUAUCUCACUGUAACACGCCCUGACAUAGCAUAUGCAGUUCAUAUUGUUAGUCAAUUUAUGACUUCCCCUCGCUUCACUCAUUAUGCAACUGUACUUCACAUUAUUCGUUAUGUCAAGGGAACACUAUUUCAUGGACUCCACUUUUCUGCUCAUUCUUCACUUGUACUUUGUGCAUAUUUCGAUGCUGAUUGGGCUGGUGAUCCUACUGAUCGUAAAACAACUAUUGGUUAUUGCCUUUUUUUUAGAGACUCUUUUAUCUCUUGGCGUAGCAAGAAACAAACUUUUGUAUCUCGCUCUAACACUGAGGCUAAAUAUAGGGCUUUAGCUAAUACUGUGGUAGAACUUCUUUGGAUCUGUUGGCUUCUUGAGGAUAUAGGUGUUUCAUAGUCCUCUACCACAAAUCUUUAUUGUGAUAAUCAAAGUGCUAUAUAGAU